AUUUGUUUGUAUUUUUCUGUUGGAAUUAGUACGCCUUCGCUAACGCUUACAAUCAUGACGCGCGUGCGACGUUUACGAAUUAUCACUAGAGACGCACGUGCGCAAAGAUCACAACAGUCAGUGAACGGGAAAUAAUUUAUUGGAUCAAGUAAAUAAAAGUGAGCCGAGAUAAACAAGUACAUAAUCAGGGCACCCUUUGAUCGUGCACCUUAGAAGUGAAGUCCAAAGGAACAGCAACAGUGUAUAUAAAUAGGAACAGUAAGGUGCAGACUGCACUGCAAGGGGACCAAGGAAGACUGAAGUCAAGUGGGGUUUGAAUGCAAAUGCAAGAGCAAAGCUGAAGCAUUUAAUCCUAUUUCGCUAAAGCAAAGGAUAAGGUAGUUCAACAGCAUCACCAGGCACCAUGGGUAAGACGGUGAAGCAACGCAAGAAGAAGCAGUACAUGUACAAUGUCAACCGGCGGAAGGUGCAGCAGAAGAGGAAAAAGAAGCUGGAGCCCAGGAUUCCCUGCGAGGCUAUCCGAGAGGCCUGGGACAGCAGAAAACACACCAAGGCUAAUCUUGAGAGCAUGGGACUCGCCUUCAAGGUGAACGCGGUACUGCCCGUACCACCCACGUCCUCCUCCGACCAGACCUCCACGGCCGGCCCGGCCCGUCGGCGGCCGGUCACCCGACCAGAGGUCGUCUCCAAACUCGAGGCAGAGGCUAACCGGCCGCGGGAGAGGAAAGUCCGUCUUCCCACCGCUCAGGUCCGCCUCGUGGAACAUUUUCUGGACAAAUUUGGUGACGAUUUUGUCCGAAUGGCGCGAUCGGAGAGGAAUCACUACCAGCUGACGCCGAAACAGAUCAGACGGCUCGUGACGAGGUUUUGGGAUAUACCCGAACACUAUACGCCGUAUAUGAAGAGGAAAGGCAUGUUGGAAAAGCCGACAGUGCCUGAGGGGGAUGAGGAUUGAUGUCAGGGAAGGGGAGGAAGGUUUGUGGAGGGGGGGGGGGACAGUGCUUUUUGGGUAGGGAGGUGAGGUGAGGCGCGUUAGAAAGGUCGUGGAAAUGGUGUCACUGACUUGUGGAAUGGAGGAUGCGUCUAGUUUGAUUGGAGGCACCGACCAUAUUCAUCAAAUAAUUACAUAACGUUUGAAAACGAUGCAUGUGGUCUUUAGUGAGCUUUCCUGCCGCCAAAUGCUGUUUGUGGACAAUUUGACAUCACCUCGGACAUAGACCUCUCUAUGCCUUGGAAAAUAAAUUCAUCAUUUGUUCUGUUUGGGAUCAAAUGUCUAUUAGAAGCUGGUAAAAUAUAACUGAAAGCUCACCUUCUAUCUGUGACGGUCAACGUAAAGUGCACGGGACUGCGGCGCUCGGCGCGUAAGACUGAUCGCUGAUCGGUCGGUGUAUCGGCAGUGUGCGUGCCGUUUACCGGGACGUGCUAGUGCGACCUGCCAGUUGUCACCAACUCUGUUGUACUUCCAUGGUGUUUACAUUGUCGUAGUAUGCUACGCGCGUCUCAAUAUACUUCAACAGAUAAUAAUA